CCCGUUUACCCUGACGUCAGGACUACCUGAGAGGGUGGCAGAGAGAGGAUGGCUGGCUGCAGUGAGAAGAACAACAGGGAGGUGGGAUCGAGGACUAGACUAUUUGCAGACAAAAUAUAAGCACCAGGCAAGAGAACCACCAGGGGACUGGAGGAAGCAUGGGGAAUCACCGAGACCUCUCAGAAGCUUCACUGUUCUAGUUCUAACAAGUACGACCCACCUGGACUUGAGUUUUGGAGUAUUACAAGAAGGUAAUUAUUUUCCCAGAUGCACAUCAAGUGAUCUAGCACCAUUUAAUGAAAAUACCGUCCUUCACUUGCUGCUGCAGAGAGCCAAUUGGAAACCUAGUUAAAUGAACUGCACCAGAGACUUGCAAGAACUUCCAGGUGGGAGAAGGAAGGACAAGAAGAGAUUAGAAAAAGGUCUUUGGGCCUUCGAUGUGAAGAACUCUUUAGUGAUGGAGGUGAUCGAUGCACGAAAGAUAAAGACAGAAGAAGGACUCACAGAGAACAUUGGGCUUCCCCUGUGUGUGCUUGAGAAACACAAUCCUUGGCCAGCCUAUGUGACAUAUAUGUCCCCGAUGGUGAAGAGACUCAUUGAGAAAAGCAAAGCUAGAGAUCUGGAAUAUGCGCAGGCACUCGAGGAAAGCCAACCGUCAUCGAGGCAGAACAAGCUGGCCAGCAUCACACAGCUGAAAAGGAAAAAGUCAUCUAAGGGCCCUGGAAACUUGAUGUUGAAGGACAUGUUAUCAGUGUGGAGCUCUUACUCUGUUCCAGCCACUGGUCCCACCGCUAUGCCAGAGCCAAGGCACUUCCACACGGAUUCCAGAGAAAAUCCCACUGCAAACUAUAACAAGAUCAUCUUCUCUCGAAAACCCAUGAUGAGGCUGCUUCCGUACAGCUCCCUGCUAGUCAGCAAAGAGAAACAUUCAAGUGUUUAGCAGGGAGCUCCUGCAGUCAUCCCUCCACCCCUCCACCAAGAUCGUACAGUAAUUAAGCUCCAUGUGCUGUAAAUUUCCCUAUGUCCUUUAAAGGUGAACUUGUCCCUGCUUGUGCAGAGGUUGGCUGAGAUAAACCAGAUCUGAAUGUGGGCCGUGGAUGGGCAGGUAUACCCCCUCCAGCAUCACAGUCUGAUGGGGUUGGGAAACCCCACACCCCAGUUCCUGCCAUAUAUGCUUAGAACCUAACUGAGGUUGAAUGAGUUCCAGUCCAGGCAGGACACAGAAACCACACCGGUUACUAUACCAGAGGUAAUCCAAUAGAAAGAAUUACUAACCAGGUAACUGGAAAGGUGGGACGAGAACCCAAUGGUAUUAGUGGAGGUAGCCACCUGCAAGAAAGCAGGUUUCCCAAGGCUGGGGGAGCAAAGGCAAGAUAUUGGACUUAUCAAAAGUUAGGCACUCGGAGAGUGGGCAUGUAGGCUCAAUUUCAGAUUUUUGAGACUGGGCAGGAUGGGGGAUACUCCUCAGUGGCUUCUGGUGUCCUUGAGCUUGGAGGACAUUUCCAGCAGGGAGGGUAUCUCAGUCUCUGUGUAGGGGAAGCUCUUUGGCUGAAGUUGAUUCUGUGAUGGUGGAGAAAACCAAAAAACUGGACUCAAAUGCUUCUGGAAGGAAUUGACCCUGCCCGAGAGAACAAGAAGCGUUGCCAGUGGAAACAGACAGGGACAGGAAGCCAGCAGAGGGGUACACAGGAAGCAAACCAGGAGAGAAUUCCUUCCUCCCCUUCCAGCCUCAAAGCUCCCCCUCACUGCCCCAUACCCGCUAUGGGCAGAACCUAUCAGGGAGGAAAGCAGGAAUGUGGUUUGCGGAAUCCUGAAUGCCAACAUCUCAGCGUUGGGGUGAAAGGAUAAGCUUGAAGCCAGGAAUACAUUAGCUUCAAAACCGGCACUCUGGUGUUCUGAGUGAGCCUACCUUGUUCCACCAGGCACCUGAACUUGGAAUUGAGUUGUUUACUCCGUGGUGGGUUUACAAAGCGGCAGUGGGGGCGUGAGUGUCCCCUGCUGAGAAACGGAGGAUUUCCUCCCCUGUACUACUUUAAGGUUUGCCUUGUGGAGUCGAGUUGGCAGGGGAGAAGUUCCUGGCUGAACCCCAGCUGUAAUUUGUCAGACCACACUUAGCAUUGGUCCAUCCGUGCUCUGGGCAGUUCCCAAUUGGCCCCAAAGCAAGUGAUGUUAAAAAACAGUCUCAAAGCGGACAGGCUUUGUCUUUAGAUGCAAGGGGAAUCUGGUUAUGAUAGGGAGACCUAGCUGAUCUCACGACUGGGGUUUAUCUAUUGACUAUAGCAUGCCUCCAUUGGUAGCUUCUUCUGAAUUUCUGUAUUUACAUUCGUGAAGCAGUUGAUACCCAUCUUGCUUCCCUAACAGACAUGUAGAGGCAAGUUGCUAUAAAUGCCAUUUGAAGAAGUCAAGUUUGCCCUACACAUGCAUUCUCUCCAUACAGGAAUCUUGCAGAAAUUUUAGCACUCACCUCUGGCUGCUGUGAGUAGCGUUGGGACAGCUUCACAAAUUAGAAGCCCUGGACCCAUUCCUGGGUUGCCAGGUCUUGGCCAGAAUGAAUUCUUGCAAAAAUAUAGGUGGUUUCCAGUGAAUGUGAAUGACUGUA